UUAUUAGCAGUCGGAUGUUGUGAAGAGCAGCGGACGCAGCAGGCAAGAGACGGUGUCAUCGCACAUAGUUUUCCUCUCCAGAGUUGAUUCAGCUGUGAAGUUGCUGUAACUCAAUAAGAAGGUAAAGACGCAAAGGCUGCCCUGCUGCUCUGUCAGUUUUUUGACAUUGAAGUAACCUCACAGAGAAAGACCAGCAUGGAUCAAGUUGUCUGCUGACCAGCUAACUAGCAGCUAACGGCUAGGCUAGCCUGUGUGUGUGUGUGUGUGUCCAGGUGGGAGCGUCGCUCUCUGUUUCCAUGGCCGUCGGCUGAUGGGCGAAGCGAUGCGGCACCACUGGCUGCUCCUCGGGGCUUGCGGCUGGGUGCUGCUCAUCCUGAUGUUCGUCAGCAAGUUCAUCAGCUUCAGAGCUGUAGAUGACUAUGGAGAGAGGGUCGGUGGUCUGAGCUGGACAGUGCCAGGCACCAAGGUGGUUAAACCCAUUCCUGUUUCCAACCCAGUGAAACCAGCACCAAGGCAAUCUGAUCAGCCCUCAGCGGUUCCUACGGUGACGGAUUGGCCCUCGGUCGUUGAGAGUCGGGGCGAGUUGCUCUCUGCUGUAUGCAAGAACAGCAGCCUCAGGAAUUUGACUCACGUCUCCAUCAACAAGUUUGUUCUGGACCGCAUCUUUGUCUGCGACAAACACAAGAUCUUGUUCUGCCAGACGCCUAAAGUGGGCAACACACAAUGGAAGAAGGUCCUCAUUGUGCUCAAUGGAGCAUUCCCCACUGUGGAGGAGAUCCCAGAAAACCUUGUUCAUGACCAUGAGAAGAACGGCCUGCCUCGUCUCUCCUCACUCACGCCGCAGGAUAUUACUCACAGAUUGAACACUUACUUUAAAUUUUUCAUCGUGAGAGACCCCUUUGAGCGCCUCAUUUCUGCCUUCAAGGACAAGUUUGUGAAAAACCCGCGCUUCGAGCCUUGGUACAAGCAUGACAUCGCCCCAGCCAUCAUCCGUAAGUACCGCAAGAUCCACCGCGACAGCGACCUCACCGCCUCCGGCCUGCACUUUGAGGACUUUGUCCGUUACCUGGGUGACAUGGAAGGCCGUCACCGCAUGGACCGGCAGUUCGGUGAGCACAUUAUCCACUGGGUGACUUAUGCAGAGUUGUGCGCGCCGUGCGAAAUACACUACAGCGUGGUGGGCCACCAUGAGACACUGGAGCAAGACGCGCCCCACAUCCUCAAAGCUGCAGGCAUCGACCAUGCGGUGUCCUACCCAGCCAUUCCACCGGGCAUCACCCGCUACAACAGGACGAAGGUGGAGCAAUACUUCUCAGGCAUCAGCAAGCGGGACAUCAGGCGACUGUACGCACGAUACCAGGGUGACUUUCAGCUGUUUGGUUACCCAAGCCCAGACUUUCUACUGAACUAAAAAGUGAUUAACACUGACUAAACGUUUUCAUAUGAAAUCCUCUCGACAUCUUUGGUUUACUGAGACAGAGGUGUAAUGUAGCUGACUGAACUGGCAGACCUGAAACACUGGUAUACGGUAGACGGCACGCUGUAAUGUUCUUAUUUUAUUUUUAAAUAACUGACAGGUUGGUGGGCUUUGUUGGCUGUAUUUCCAAUGACUGAAAAGUGCUGCCUAAUGUUCAUAUAUUUAACUUUUUUUUUAUGGAGGGAGGAGCUGUAAGUGAUAAGUGGGUGUCACCAAACCUGUAGUGUCAAAAUACAGUAAAAGAGAAAAAGAAAGUGUUGCUGCAAAAGGUGGAUGUGAGUAUGGGCAACGUAGUAUCACGUAAUGAGAUUCAGCGGCGAUAGAAAGCUUCAGAAUUGAUCAUUUAGUGUGAAAAAUAAGGUAAA